GGGAGCCUGAAAGACCAUGUUAGGAAUAAGAGGUGGAGCCGUGACCAAAGAUAAAGGUUCAAACUUGGGGAACUUCUAGUCACUCAGGUGGCAGUCCUUCCUUUCUUGUCCUAGCCUCCAGUUCUCCAGUGUUCACAGGUAAGCCCACCAACAGUCACAGCUCAUGAUGGAGGCCAUCAAGAAAAAGAUGCAGAUGCUGAAGUUAGACAAGGAGAAUGUUCUGGACCGGGCUGAGCAAGCUGAAGCUGAGCAGAAGCAGGCAGAAGAAAGAAGCAAACAGUUAGAGGAUGAAUUAGCAACCAUGCAAAAGAAGCUGAAAGGAACAGAAGAUGAGCUGGACAAGUAUUCUGAAGCUUUAAAGGAUGCCCAGGAGAAGCUGGAGCUAGCGGAGAAGAAGGCAGCUGAUUCUGUUUUACUCAAAGACACGUUGAAGCUGAGAGCAUAG